UACGGUACAACGAUCAGCCCACGCGGAAGAGCCUGAACCGGAGGGGUCAAUUGGUUUUUUUUUUUUUUUUUAAAUCGCGUGGCUCUGUCAUAGUUAUCGAUAAAAGUAAAAGCAUGUCUUUUCGUAGUGUUUCCAGGGAAGCGUUUGUUGGAUCCAUCACGCUGGGAGUUGUUUUUGUCGCCGGUUAUUUCUUUGGAAAAAAGAAAUCUCCCACCAUGAGCAUCACCAAAAGUCACUGCGAGAAAGACAACCCACUGAUGCAGUACGUCCUCAAUCACUCCAUGAGGGAGCAUCCGGUCCUGAAAAGCCUUAGAUUGAGGACAAUGGAAGAUUCCUGGAACAUCAUGAUGGUCGCCUGUGAGCAGUCGCAGUUCAUGGCCAAUCUGGCAAGACUAAUAAAAGCCAAGAAAGCACUAGAGAUUGGUGUAUACACCGGUUACAACACACUGAACAUGGCGCUGGCUUUGCCCGACGAUGGAGUUUUGGUGGCAUGUGACAUCAGUGAAGACUACACCAAUAUUGGCAAACCCUUCUGGAAAGAGGCUGGAGUCGAGCAAAAAAUUGAUCUACGCAUACAGCCAGCACUGAAAACUCUGGAUGAUCUCUUGUCUGCUGGUCAGGCUGAAACAUUUGACUUUGCCUUCAUCGAUGCAGACAAAGUUAACUACGACCGCUACUACGAGAAGUCUCUGCAGCUGUUGAGGAAAGGGGGAAUCAUUGCUAUUGACAACGUGCUGUGGGGUGGUAAGGUGGUGAAUCCCUCCCCGGAUGACGAAGACACUGUGGCCAUCGACAAGCUGAACAAGAAGUUGCACCGAGACACUCGAGUCAGCCUGAGCAUGCUCACAGUGGGAGAUGGUCUCACACUGGCUAUCAAACUAUAGGACAAAUGUCUGAUAAGUGCUAUGAUUUUUAAGUAAUUUUUAAAGAAUAUAACAUAGUGAUAUUGUAGGUCUUCUUAAAGUUGUAAUGUUUGAAUAAAAUAGUGACGGAAUUUAA